AAUCAAAAUUGUAAAUAUUUUGUUUCUAACUAAGAGAAAAAAGAAUGGCGGCGCCGGAAAUAUGCUCUUAUCUUUACGAGCCUCUUUGGUGGAUCUGCAUGACAACAAGCGAGCCCUUUACUCUUUUGUUUUCUGCUACUUCCAGUGUUACUUGGUGAGAUUGUCAAUUUCGCUGCUUAUGCAUUUGCACCGGCUAUACUUGUUAGGCGCACUCAGUAUCAUUAUCAGGCAAGAUAAUCUACUCAUGUCUCACUCUUCACCUGUUUUGCUGUUUCUUAUACAUUUUUUUUUUGCGUUGGAUCACAGUGCUGUCUUAGCUCAUAUAUUAAGGGAGAAACUACACAUCUUUGGAGUUGUUGUCUGUGCGUUAUGUGUUGUGGGUUCCACCACAAUCGUCCUACAUGCCCCUCAAGAACAAGAAAUUGAUUCUGUGCUUGAAGUUUGGAAUCUUGCAACAGAACCAGGUUCAUUGUUUGAAUGAGACUCUGAUGCUCUAUUGUAUGGGUGAUCGUAACAUGAACCAUCUCAUGAUUUUUAAUUUUUUAUAGCUCUAGUUUGUUGCAGCAUUCAUGUGUUAUGCGAGCCUGAUCAAUGGUGCUGCUGUGUUUAAUAUCAUCCGUUUUUCUCCCCAAUAUGGCCAGACAUGUAAUGGCUUAUAUCGGUAUUUGUUCGCUUGAGGGAUCAUUAUCUGUAUGUAGUUUUGGAUGUUUCAAGUCUGUAAAUCCUUUUUUUCUUAAGAAAACAAAAUCAAGAUCAACAUUUUCAAACAUGCAGGCAGGUAAUGAGUGUAAAAGCACUUGGAAUAACACUAAAGCUGACAUUUUCAGGAACGAAUCAGUUAUUUUAUCCUCAAACUUAGGUAUUCACAUUGGUCAUACUUACCGGUGUGACAAACCAGUUGAACUACUUAAACAAGUGUUACUUAAAUGAGAUAGUCGUUUUGUAGUAAGAUGUUUUCUUGAUAACUAAACCAAUUGCGGUUUCUGCUUUGCGUUUGCAGGCUCUUGAUACAUUCAAUACAUCUAUGGUGUCAUAUAUAUACUAUGUAAUGUUCACAUCACUAACUAUAUUGGCCAGUGUUAUCAUGUUUAAGGACUGGGAUCGGCAAAAUGGUAUUCAAAUUGUCUCACGUGGUUUUUGUUAAAAUACUUUCAGGCACUUUUCUUCUCCAUAUAACAAAGGACAUGGUCGAGGGUGCGCUACUUUAUUUCAUUUACGGCUAUUAGGAACGAUGAUAUACAUAAUGAAUAUAGAUGUAACACUACUAGCUAGAAUUGUAGGAACAUAACUAUUCAUGAUCGCCAUAUCUUGUGUACAUAUAAUCUUAAUACCAAGUGUCUGUAUCCAUAUGCGGUUUCUGAGAGUUUGCAACCGAUUGUUAUGGCUAUGUUAUUGUAGGUUCACCGGUAAAUUACCAUUAAUUGCGUAUAAGCAAGCAUACCGAUAAGGAUGGAUUUGAAUCAGAAGACAUUCCACUUAAGACGUCAAGAGUCUCUGCGGUCACCAUAAAAGCGUUAUUAACUUGUUUUCUAGCCUACUCUAACAACUGCAAGCCACAAAGCCUCAACUUUUUGCCCCUUGUCUCAAUCUACCAACAACAUGGACCAAGGUUCUUCUGUCCUAACAAAUGCAGAUUGGUUCAAGAAUAUCGAGAAAAGUAAAAAGGAGCAAAGAGGACGAGAUCUCAGUCCAGAUCAUGUUCUUCUAGGUAAGUAUGUUGUAAGCUCAUCAAACGUAGGGCAUCCCACGCAUAAACCCUUUUGUGACCUCUUAAGAUUGUAUAAACAAUUCUCGGUUUUGCCUAAACUGGUUUUCUUACAAGCAUAUACUGAAAGUUUUCAAUUCAAGAUUUGCAUCUCUUAUGUUUGAUUUUAUUUAGUCUUCUACAGUAUUUUUUCCUUGGUUGGUGAAUACCAUUUGAAAAAAAGAAGAUAGAGACUCUGAUAGUUAUAAAGCACAUGUUUAGUCAAUUGUUGAAGAAAGACUAACUUGGUGAGGUGGAGUUAUAACGUUGUUGAUAAUAGAUAGAGCCAACGUUUUAUAGUCAUCUAUUCCUCAAUCCUCAAUCAAUCACUCCGCUGGUUGAUGAGAUGUCAAAUUGAAACUGCGUUAAGUCACUCUCGUAACUCUUUUUAUACGUUUCAUAACUUAGAGAGUUAAUCAUCACUUUAAGCUGUAACUGGUAAAUUAGAAAAAGGAAUAAAUGGAAUAGAGAAAAAUUGACUAAGAUGAAUGGAACUUAGAUUGUUAUGAAAUGUGAAAAUGUGAACAUAGUGCAAUUAAUUAGAUCAGAAAUACUGGAUUUCGAGCCCUAUAAAAAUGGUGUCAAAUUAAUAAAGAAAAAAAAUAUAUUAAACAGUUUAAAAUGGUGAAAAUAAAACCGUUAGAUGUAAGACGUGGAUUUUCAUUAAACAGCUCAAAAUGGUGAUAAUAAAAUUGUUAGAUGUGAAUCUUCAUAAGAAAUCUAAUUGUCAGUUGUAAAGGGGUUUAUAUAAUAUUUUUUUAUAAUUUGUAAUUAGAUGAUAAAUCAGUGUACAAAAAAACUUUCAAGUUUUCACAUUUAUGUAUAUGUAAUCCGAUUUGGAAUGACUACUGGGAAUUGAUGACUAUACAUAUACACUACCUAAACUGGAAAAUACAGUUGCCUAUGGAGAGUUAAAAUCGUUUAAACUGGAAACUUACCGUUGACUUGUUGUAGCACUUGAACUACAAAAACAAAAACAAAAAAAAGACAAAAAAAAACAGAGCAACGAAUCCAACAUCACCAACAAACACACAAACUGUGUGUCUUCUUGUCUUGUUCCUCUCUUCUGCCCUUUUCUUGAUCCUAGAGAAUGGCUCUGAACAGUGAGUCUUCGGAAGAAUUUAGUUUUCCAUUGCUUGCUUCCCAAGAUUCUUCCCAAACUUCCGGCUCCGAUUCACCUCCAUUGUGGAAACACUCGCCGGAGAAAACCCGCCGGAGAUAUGACGACGGGAGAUUAAUCAUUGGAAGAUACGAUGAUGACGGUCAGAGGAAGAGCUUCUCUUGUGUGGAAACGAGAAGUCUUUGGAACGUUAAUGCAGAGGAGAAAAUGGAUAUGUUGUGGGAAGAACUCAACGAAGAACCGCCGCCGCCGCCGCCGAGAAGCCAGAGUCUUAGGAUCGAUCUCGGCGGAGAUAAGAGAUCGUCUUUGUUUCCCGACGAGAGUUCCGCCGUGGGGUGCGGUAUGAAGUUAACGAAGAAGAGACCGUCAACAAAGAUGAAGAUGAGUACGAACGUGAUGGUGUUGAUGAGGGUAUUGAAGAAAAUUCUUGUUAUUCGGAGUUCGUCUCAGAGAUCACCGGCGAAAACUCAUCCACGGUGAUCUCACCGUGAUAACUUUAGAUUGAGGGGUUUUUAUGUAGAAUUCAUAAAUUACGGGGCUUUUGUUUAGAAAAAAAAAAUAAUAGCCUGAAAAAAAAAUUACAUUUGUAGUUUGAUUGGUUCGCAACAAAUAAUUUUCGAGGCCUGAAUUUUAAGAACAUAU